AUGCUGCUGUACAGGAGGACCACCCUACCCUGCCAGGGCCCGUGGGGUUCUACUCUCAGUCAUCCAAGGAAAGCCCCUUCCCCACCACUUCUCUCUGUGGUGGUUAGGGGUGUCCUCCUGUGGGCUGGCUCGCUCUCCCAAGCAGCCUGGGGAGCAGAGACCUUCACUAUAGCGGUGCUGGGUCCCUGGGACUGUGAUGCCAUCUUUGCCCAGGCCCUCCCCAGAGUGGCUGCCCAGCUAGCUGUGGACCAAGCCAACCAGGACCCCUCACUGUUGCUGAGCUCGCGGCUGGCUUCUGUGGUCCUCCCCACUGCCUGUGACACCCCUCAUGCCCUGGCCACAUUCCUGGCCCACAGGAACACCGUAGCUGCUUUUGUGGGCCCUGUCAAUCCUGGCUACUGCCCAGCGGCAGCCCUGCUGGCUCAAAGCUGGGGCAAGACCCUCUUUUCCUGGGCAUGUGGUGCUCCAGAGGGAGGAGGAGAAUUGGCACUCACCUUGCCUUCUGCUGCCCAGGUGCUGCUGUCCAUCAUUAGAUACUUCGGCUGGGCUCGCCUGGCCAUUGUAUCCUCUCACCAGGACACCUGGGUGGCCACAGCCCAACAGCUGGCCACAACCUUCAGGAUCCAUGGGCUGCCUGUGGGGCUGGUGACCUCUUUGGGACCUGGGGAACAGGGGGCUGUGGAGGUCCUGAAGCAGCUCUGCAGCGUGGACGGCCUGAAACUUGUGGUGCUGUGCAUGCACUCAGCGCUGUUGGGAGGCUCAGAGCAGACCGCCCUGCUGAGCCAUGCAUGGGCUGAAGGCCUGGCAGACGGGAGGGUGGUCUUCCUGCCCUACGACACGCUGCUUUUUGCCCUGCCCUACCGCAACCGCUCCUACCCAGCCCUGGGUGCUGGUGGGCCCCUGCAGAAGGCCUAUGAUGCAGUGCUCACCAUCAGCCUGGAAUCCAGCCCUGCAGAGGAUGCCUUUACUGCUGCCAGGGUGGGUGGAGAGAUGGCUUCCCACCUGGAGCCAGACCAGGUAUCUCCACUCUUUGGGACCAUCUAUGAUGCUGUUGUCCUGCUGGCCCAUGCCCUGAACCGCUCUGAAAGCCAUGGGGCAAGGCCCUUGGGGACUCACUUAGGAGACCACAUAGGGUCUCUGGAUGUGGCCGGCUUUAGCCAGAGAAUUCGGACAGAUGAGAAAGGGAGGAGGCUGGCCCAGUACAUCAUCCUGGACACAGAUGGUCAAGGAAGUCAGCUUGUCCCCACUCACACCCUGGACACAGGCACGUGGCGAGUGCAGCCCCUGGGUAGGGCUAUACACUUUCCAGGAGGAGCCCCUCCAUCCCAUGACUCGAGCUGCUGGUUUGACUCCAACAUGCUGUGCAUAAGAGGUGCACAGCCUCUGGACAGCCUCUCCAUGGUGGCGCUGGCUAGCCUUCUAGUGCUGGCAGGAGGGGCCCUCAGCUGCCUCAUCAGAUUGGGUAUCCGGCAGCUGCGGCUGGUACGGGGCCCUCACCGGAUCCUGCUGACAGCCCAAGAGCUCACCUUUAUCCAUACCCCAAGCAGAUGGAGGCUGCAUAUGGACAGUGAGUCAAGAAGUGCAGCAGAUGGUGGGAGCCUGAGAUCCAUGGCUCAAGGGUCAGCAAGGAGCUUGCUAGACACUCAGGAGCCCACCAAUGUGGCCCUGUACCAGGGCGACUGGGUGUGGCUGAAGAAGUUUGAAGUGGGCCGGGCCCUUGACCUGCGCCCCAGCAGCCUCAGUCUCCUGAGAAAGAUGCGGGAGCUGAGGCAUGAGAAUGUCACUGCCUGCCUGGGCUUUUUCACGGCCCCUGGGGUCAGUGCUCUGGUUCUGGAGCACUGUCCCCGGGGCAGCCUGGAGAACCUGCUACGGAAUGAGGCCCUGCGGCUAGACUGGACCUUCAAGGCCUCCCUGUUGCUGGAUUUGAUCCGUGGCAUGCGGUACCUGCACUGUCGAUGUUUCCCUCAUGGUCGCCUCAAGUCCCGAAACUGUGUCGUGGACAGCCACUUUGUGCUCAAAGUCACCGACCAUGGUUAUGCAGCGCUCCUGGAUGCUCAGCAGGCUCCCCAACCCCAGCCAGUCCCAGAAGAGCUUCUGUGGACGGCUCCUGAGCUGCUGCGGGGGCCUGCAGGCCCCAGGCGGGGCACCCUCAAAGGGGACGUCUUCAGCAUUGGCAUCAUCCUGCAGGAGGUGCUGACUCGAGGUUCGCCCUACUGCUCCUCGGGACUGUCAGCAGAAGAAAUCAUCAGGAAGGUGGCAUCUUUCCCUCCCUUGUGCCGGCCACUGGUGUCCCCUGACCAGGGGCCACCCGAGUGCAUCCAGCUGAUGAAGCAGUGCUGGGAGGAGGCUCCAGAGGACAGACCGAGCCUGGACCAGAUCCACACCCGGUUCAAAAGCAUCAACCAAGGCAAGAAGAUCAGUGUUGCUGACUCCAUGCUGCGGAUGCUGGAAAAGUAUUCCCAGAACCUGGAGGACUUGAUCCAAGAGCGGACUGAGGAGCUGGAGCUGGAGAGACAGAAGACAGAAAGACUGCUCUCUCAGAUGCUCCCUCGAUCUGUGGCUGAAGCUCUGAAAAUGGGGACGACUGUGGAGCCAGAGUAUUUUGAUCAUGUUACCAUAUACUUCAGUGAUAUUGUGGGUUUCACUACCAUCUCAGCCCUAAGUGAACCCAUUGAGGUGGUGGGUUUGCUCAAUGAUCUCUACACACUGUUUGAUGCUGUUUUAAGAAACCAUGAUGUGUAUAAGGUGGAGACCAUCGGGGAUGCCUACAUGGUGGCAUCGGGGCUGCCUCGGCGCAAUGGGAACCAGCAUGCAGCCGAGAUCGCCAAUAUGGCCCUGGAUAUCCUUAGCUCUGUGGGCGACUUCCGGAUGAGACACGCGCCUGACGUCCCCAUUCAUAUCAGGGCUGGCCUGCACUCAGGGCCCUGUGUAGCUGGGGUCGUGGGUCUCACGAUGCCUCGGUAUUGCCUCUUUGGAGAUACUGUCAACACUGCAUCCCGGAUGGAGUCCACAGGGCUGCCAUACAGAAUUCAUACCAGCCGAAGCACUGUCCAGACACUGCUCAGCCUUGAUAAAGGCUACAAAAUUGACAUCAGAGGUCAGACUGAGCUGAAGGGGAAGGGCAUAGAGGAGACCUACUGGCUGGUGGGAAAGGCAGGCUUCCCCAAACUCCUCCCCACACCUCCGGACAUCAAACCUGGAGAGCCAUGGCAGGACCUCAUAAACCAAGAAAUCAAGGCAGCCUUUGCCAAAGCCCGCCAGGACACGGCUGGGACCCAGAGCUCAGGGAAGGCUUGGGCCCCAUCUUAA